UUCAUUACUUCACCAGAGGAAAGAGACUGGGCAAAAAUGGCUUGCAUGACAGAGUUCCAAGACGAAAACCACUGAUGAGCAAAAAUAACAUUAAGGCUUAUUUCAAUUUUGCCAGAAGACAUCUUGAUGAUCCCCAAAAUCUUUGGGAAAAUAUUCUGUAGUCUGACAAGACAAAAAUUGAACCUUUUAGAAUGUGUGUCCCAUUACAUCUGGCGUAAAAGUAUUUCAGAAAAAGAACAUCAUACCAACAGUAAAAUAUGGGGUGUUAGUAUGAUGGUCUGGGGCUGUGUUGUUGCUUCAGGACCUGGGCUGUGAUAAAUGGAACCAUGAAUUCUGGUCUCUACCAAAAAAAGCAGAAAUGAACUUGGGUUCUGCAGCAGGACAAUGAUCCAAAACACACCAGCAUGUCCACCGCUGACUAACUGAAGAAAAACAAAAUGAAGACUUUGGAGUGGCCUUGUCAAAGUCCUGACCUGAAUCCUAUUGAGGUGCUCUGGCAUGACCUUAAAAAGGCAGUUCAUGCUGGAAAACCCACCAAUGUGGCUGAAUUACAACAAUUCUGCAAAGAUGAGUGGGCCAAAAUCCCUCCACCGCGCUCCAAGCAACAUGGUAAUCAUCCCCGCCAGUGUGUCCACAUCAUUGCUGGGUGUCGGCCUGCUUCUGGCCCUGGUGGCGCUCACCUACAAACAACUGAGCUGCUACCUGAGAAAUUGGGUGGUCAUGAAGCCCAUCCCGGCUGUAAGCCGCACAUACCCGUUCGUUGGCAACGCACUGGAGUUAAAGACGGAUGCGGUGGAUUUCUUCCGGCAAAUUCAGGGUUAUGCAGAAGAGUUCUGCAAUGCGCCGCUAAUCAAACUUUGGCUUGGGAUGGUGCCAUUUGUGAUUCUCUAUCAUGCCGAGACUGUUGAGCUAAUCGUGAGCAACCCUGUUCACAUGGACAAAUCCGGCAUCUACAGCUUCCUCCAUCCCUGGCUUGGAACUGGUCUGCUCACCAGCACGGGCCCGAAGUGGCGGGAGCGGCGCAAGAUGCUGACCCCAACAUUCCACUUCACCAUUCUGCAGGACUUCCUGGAAGUGAUGAAUGAGCAAGCUGAGGUCCUGGUGAACAAGCUGGCCUCCCAGGCAGGCAGAGGCCCCUUCAACUGCUUCAACUAUGUCACGCUGUGCGCCCUGGACAUCAUCUGUGAAACCGCCAUGGGAAGAAAAAUAUACGCACAAAGCAAUUCCGAGUCAGAGUACGUCCAGAGUGUCUACAAAAUGAGUGACAUCAUCAGUCGCAGACAGAGGGCGCCAUGGUUUUGGCCCGAAUUUACGUACAAAUACUUUGGCGAGGGUAACGUGCACGACAGCACACUCAAAUUGCUACAUUCCUUCACGUAUGAGGUGAUUCGGGAGCGAGCAGAGAGUCUGCUUCUGGAGGACGAGUCUGACACCAGGAAGAGACGAGCGUUCCUCGACAUGCUGCUAAAGACCAAAGACGAGGAUGGAAAGACCAUGAGCCACCAGGACAUCCAGGAGGAAGUGGACACCUUCAUGUUCAGGGGCCACGACACGACGGCAGCCUCCAUGAAUUGGGCCCUUCACCUGCUGGGCUCUCACCCUGACGUGCACCGCAAAGUUCAACACGAGCUUCAGGAAGUGUUUGGUGCGUCGGAACGUCUGGCCAGCAUGGAGGACCUGAAGCAGCUCAAGUACUUGGAGUGCGUCAUUAAAGAGGCCUUGCGCCUGUAUCCCUCCGUCCCCUUCUUCGCACGCAACCUCUGUGAAGAUACAAAUAUCAACGGUUUUAAAGUUCCCAAAGACGCCAACGCCGUCAUCGUCACCUACGCUCUCCACCGAGAUCCUCGCUACUUCCCCAAGCCUGAGGAGUUCCGGCCCGAACGCUUCCUGCCCGAAAAUUCAGCGAGGAGGCCUCCCUAUGCAUACAUCCCCUUCUCUGCCGGACUCCGCAAUUGCAUCGGUCAGCGUUUCGCCAUCAUGGAGGAAAAAGUGGUGUUGUCAUCCAUUUUGCGCCAAUUCAACGUGAAAGCUGAGCAAUCACGCGAGGAGCUGCGUCCGACUGCUGAGCUCAUCCUGCGGCCCGAGCACGGCAUCUGGAUCCAGUUGGAAAAGCGCGUAAAAAGCCCAGCCGACGCUUCUCAUUUGAGAAAAGAAAAAAUUGCGAAAGAAUGAAAUGCGACAUUUGAGUCUUUGGUUGUUGUUGGUUUUUAAAAAAAAAUAUUUGCUCAGUAUGAAGAAGUGCUAGAUAUACAUUUCUGUCUGUUUAGAUAUGUAAAUUAGUGAAGAUAUUUGUGAUUUGUGUCAAAAUUGUAUUGUAUAUUGUAAUCCAAUUAGAAGCAUGGAAUGUAAAUGACCAAUUUUCCAAUUCCACUAAAAUUUAAAAAAUAUAUUUGUAGCCAUUAUAUAUUUAGUGAUUCUAUAUUACUUUAAUACUGCAUAUUUUAAAAGUCAAAUUAAAAUAUUUGUCAUGGUGAUUAUCCCCAAGGCAUUUUCUUAAACACGUUUCUAUUUACUUUAUCAAAAUGCUCCGAACACUUCAUAAUCCUUUCACCAAUUCAUGCUGAAAUUUUGAAAUAAUUAUUAUGUCCU